AUGACGGAACUCCUCGAUCUAUGCUAUGAUGUUCUGAUCCGCAUUCUGGAAGAGAUAGACCCCGAGGAUGUAGGCCGCGUUGCUCAGACAUCGCACGGCUUCAAUGACUUUAUCAAGAGCAAUACUGCAUUAUACAAAGCACAAUAUCUCAGGAACUUUGAUGACCCACGGAGACGACCAACCGAUCCAGAACCAGCAUGGAUACCACAGCUGCAACGGCUCGUGAGGUGCAAGAAAAUGCUCGAGUCCGCAAACACUGAUUUGAAGCGCGACGAGUUCAGGUUCAUCGCCUCAACACUCGAGAGCCUCAUCGCCACCGGCUCAACAGAUGAAGCCGGCGUAUCUUACAACCAGCAACUAACAACCGAGCUCUUCCAACCCAUCUUCCAGAACUACGAUGCAUUCCUGUGUCGUUCAUCUCUCUACGGCCGGUGCGGCAGCUCGAACCAAAAGCAAGCCGAGGACGAAGAAGACCGGCAGCUAAGCGCAAAGUUACACUGCCUCUUCGGCAUCCCCUCCAGCAACAUCGGGCGAAAAGUUCUUUCCACGCACCCCUAUGCGCGAUCACGCGUCUACGACUUACGCAACUACACGGACAAAACCAUAUGGGGCCCCUUCCGCGACGACGGCAGCAUGAGAGUAGACUGGGAAAUGAUCGAAAGCCUGAUGAUCGUCCUAGGCUACAAUUCCGGUCUCUGCUGCCGGCGCUUCCUCCACCGGUUUCGCCCACCCUGGACCGAGCCCCUCGAAGGCGUGCUCCCCGAGCGCGCAAAGAUACUACCUGAGUACCCGCCGAAGCUUUACAUGGAGCCAGACAUCCCCCUCCAGCUAAAAGACCCGUAUAAUGUGUCGGGCGUGUGGUCGCGCAUCGUGUGCUUCAUGGAUUACAACGAUCUGUACAAUUACAACUUUAACACUGAGGCAAUGAGAGUGCCCUCAGAUAAGCUGAGGGAGCCUAUCAAUACGGAAGAAGCUAUUAGACAUAUUAUCAUGGACCUGAAGGUUACGGAGGUCCUGGCACCACGCGAGUUCGAUAAUCAGGCUCUGCCUGUUGUGAAGUUUGUGGGGACGUCCCGCUCGGUCGACGCAUCUUGGGAUCCGAAUGCGAAUUCUAGGAUUCGUGGAUCGGUACGCCUCACGCCUGAGGGGGAGGUGCGAUGGCGUACCAUCUCGGUGUUUUACGGCGGAGAGGAGCGAUGGCGCAGUGAAGGCAUUCAGGUUGGCGGUGUACGAUCACAGCGCGGCGUCAUCGGAACGUGGUUCGAUAAGGAUAUGGACCCGCAUGGGCCUGCGGGGCCGACAGCAUUCUGGAAGAUAUCUGAUAAGAAUCUGGAUCUUGACAGUGAAGAAGGUGAGGAGGAGGAGGAAGAGGACGACGAAGAAGAGGAUGAGUACUGGUAUCCUGGGAUUGGGACGGAUGAGGAUCAGGAUGUCGAGGAUUUCGAUGAGCAUGGGAAUUUGCACAGUGUGCUCAUGUGA